UAUGUGUGUGUAUGUGUGUAGUCUGUGGGAAGCGCUAUAAGAACAGGCCUGGUCUCAGUUAUCAUUACGCCCACUCUCACUUGGCUGAGGAGGAGGGGGAGGAGAAAGAUGAGAUGGACAUUCGCGAACCAACUCCACCCCAACAAGACGAACCGAAGACUCCUAAGAAGGGCCCAGACUGUUUGGCUCUGCCGAACAACUACUGUGAUUUUUGUUUGGGAGAUUCUAACCUGAACCAGAAAACUGGCCAAUCAGAAGAGCUCGUGUCCUGCUCAGACUGUGGCCGUUCUGGUCACCCCUCGUGUCUGCAGUUCACUCCAGUAAUGAUGGCUGCUGUGAAAACCUAUCGCUGGCAGUGCAUUGAAUGCAAGUGCUGUAACAUAUGUGGAACCUCAGAAAAUGAUGACCAGCUGUUGUUCUGUGAUGACUGUGAUCGAGGUUACCACAUGUACUGCCUCUCGCCCCCCAUGUCUGAACCUCCUGAAGGUAAAGCAACAUACAGUAAUACACACACCACUGUUAAA